CUUGGCCUUCUGGCCUGAUCCUGACUUGCCGAUCUGCUUGCCAUGGUUCAAGGAUUGUCGGUAGUGGAAAAGUGAAAGCAGAGGAGACGGGGCGGAGACGCAAACGGCAUGGGCGUCCAUGUGAAAUUGGAGUAUAUAUCGCCGACCGAGCAUAGCCUUCGCCGUUCAUCCUUGGCUCGUUAAGUUGUUUUUAGCAGCCUCCUCAACCAAACCUGUAUCAUCACCACCAUGUUUCUUCGGACGUUCCUUGGGCUCGCCGCUGCGGCGGCAACGGGCCUCGGCGCCUCGCUGCAGCAGGUGAGCAGCUUCGGCGACAACCCGACUAACAUCCAGAUGUUCAUCUACGUCCCGGACAAUGUGGCCGCCAACCCGGCCGUCAUCGUCGCGCUCCACCCCUGCGGCGGCACCGGCCAGCAGUGGUUCAGCGGGACGCAGCUCCCCUCGCACGCCGACCAAAAUGGCUUCAUCCUGGUGUACCCCAGCACGCCGCACAUGAGCAACUGCUGGGACGUGCAGAACCCGGACAGCCUGACGCACGGCCAGGGCGGCGACGCCCUCGGCAUCAUCAGCAUGGUCAACUACACGCUCGACACGUACAGCGGCGACCGCGAGCGCGUCUACGUCAUGGGCUUCUCCUCCGGCGGCAUGAUGACCAACGUCAUGGCCGGCUCCUACCCGGACGUCUUCGCCGCCGGCGCCGCCUACUCGGGCGUCGCUUUCGGUUGCUUCCAAGGCGCCCCGUCGGCCACACCCAUGAGCCCGAACCAGACGUGCGCGCAGGGCAUGCAGAAGGCGCCCGGGGAGUGGGGCAACCUGGUGCGGAACGCGUACCCCGGCUACACCGGCCGCCGCCCGCGCAUGCAGAUCACCCACGGCCUGGCCGACAACCUGGUGCUGCCGACCUGCGGGGAGGAGGCCCUGAAGCAGUGGUCCGAUGUUCUGGGGGUUGAGUUUACUCGUGACGUGGCGGGCGUGCCGUCGAGUGGCUGGACCCAGAAGAUCUAUGGCGGUGAUGGUGUGCAGCUGCAGGGCUUCCUUGGUCAGGGGGUUGGUCACUCGCCGUCGGUUGACGAGGAGCAGUUGCUGAACUGGUUCGGUAUCACGGGCGGGGGUGAGAACGGUGGUGGUGGCGACAACGGGGGUGGUGAUAAUGGCGGUGGUGACAACGGCGGUGGUGAAACUGGCGGCGGUACCGUCGCGCUGUGGGGGCAGUGCGGUGGCAACGGGUACAGCGGCCCCACUGGCUGUGCUGAGGGUACCUGCAAGGUGCUGAAUGAGUGGUAUAGCCAGUGCACGCCUUGAGUGUUUGCGGAUGUCGGAUGCUCAUCAGAUGGCGCGGAGAACGUUAGCUUCUUGUAUAUGUUUCCCCUUUUGGCCCCGCGCUGAGAGCUCUUGGACGAAACAGGUAUCAUCGGGCCGUAACUUCUCAUUCCGGAGUGAUUAUGACAAACUCCCUGUAGGAUGGCCUCCUCAACCAAAGACUCUUAUGGAUGAGACAACCUGGUUAGGUGUGAUGUCUUAUUAUGGCUUUCGGGCCGGAAAUACUCGUCAGUCUGGCAUCGAACAAAUUUUCUAUC